ACUCUGUUGCACACUUUCUUUAACGCUGUGACAAGGGUGAAAAUAGUGAUUGAACACUGGUGUCGAAUCUUGAAACCCGUCGGAACGACACCGGGUUAGCUUUAGAAAAUGUUUCGUUUUGCUGCCCUGACAUGCCGCUCGACGCAAGCUGGUUUCAUAUUGAUGGCCCCGUGCAGGGGCAGUGUGUACUCGCGGGCACAAAUCCACGGCUGUGUAGCUACUGGCACACGACCCCUCUUGCCCUUAGUUCAAGAGGCGAGGAAGAGACACGUGCACCCUGUACAGGUGUGUUCACUGUGUUUGCUGCAGUAAUUCUCCCAUAUGUGACGUCUCUUCGAUGUUUUACAACUUCACCUGUUCCUGAAAAACCUAAGGAAGACCGAUUGAUUUAUACUGGAAAUCUGGCCAAAGCUGUGCUUGGUGUUAAAUUCUUCUCAUACUCUACCAGUUUGUUCAGCCUGUGUUUGAUGCCGUACAUAAUGAUGAAGACUGGUAUUGGAGUGGAUAGCAUUGCUUUGAAGCUGGCAUUUGUUAGUGUUGUUGGGUUCUUUACUUUUGUCACACCAGUUACAUUGCAUCUAAUCACAAAGGGAUAUGUCAUCCGGUUAUACCACAACAGGGACUCGGACACCUACACUGCAGUCACUUUUAAUGUUCUUCUUACAGAAAAAAAGACCGUUUUUUCUCAAAAGGAUGUUGAAAUUCCAGGGGUUAGCAGGAUGUUUACAACUUUUUAUGCAAAAAAGAAGUCAAUGCUUGUAAAUCCAAUGCUUUUUCCAAACCCUCAGGACUAUAGUCAUCUUAUGGGCUAUGAUAAACCAUUCACAUUUAAUCCUGAAGGACUGAAUCAACCAUCUGAAGAUAAAUAAAAUCUUUUUCCGUGGA